AUGGAAACGUGGUUUUGGGUUCUCGCCUGCUUCCUUUCCAUCCUCACGAUGGUUGGAAAUGGAUUUGUCAUCUUCCUCGUCUGCAGAAGACGUCAGCUUCGCACCAAAACCAAUACAUUCAUCGUUUCUUUAGCAGUGGCUGAUUUUUGUGUCGGGCUGAUUGCUGUUCUUUCACCUUUUGUAUGCAACCUUGCAAAUUGCAACCCACCAAAUAUAGAAGGAUUGCUUGUGCUGUAUAUAAGAAUAUUCAUAGUCUAUGCAUCUGGAUCAAACUUGCUUAGUUUAGUUCUGGAACGCUACAUCGCCGUGGUGAAACCUUUAAAGUAUUUGACUUUUGUAACGCGCCGCAGAGUCACUCAGAUGGUUGUUAUUUCUUGGGUAAUUCCUCUC